GGCACAGUGAAAUCGUGGGGUGGACCGAAGCCCGACGCGGCACCGUGGCACCAUCGCACCGUCGUCGCCAUACCUGUUGAACGUAAAUAUCGUGGUAGUUGGAUACUGCUACGUUCGCUGGGUACUGUCCACCAGCGCUGCCGCCACUGUUUGUGGACAUUGUUGCCGUUGCACCGUUUCGGACUGUGCACUGUCUUAGCGAUGGGCUCACGCUCGUUCGAGGUGGGCAAACGGUGCGGUUUGCGUACACUAUGCGUUGGGAACGAUAAUGUUGUUGGUGCGUUGUACUAUAUAUGGAACGAAAAACACACGAAUCGCUUCUCAGUCCGGUUUCUGGUUCGUUUGUUGUUUUUUUCUUCUUUUUUUUCAAACCCGAAAAUGAUGUCACUGUUUGACAGUUGUGCGAUAAUGACAAAAAAAUUAAGAAAUGCGAAAUUAAAAAAAUUGGACCGAAUAGAGGAUAAUAAAGCUAAAUAACGAUACGUUUUUAAGAAACAUUAUUUUUCAAUAAAUUAUGUACAAAAAUAACGAUUUUUAUAUGAUGAAAUGCCACUUGCAUGUCCGGUACGGAACCCACUAUUUGACGUCCGUACCAAAACAAUAACUUACACAACAUACAACGAGAAGCUGUUUUUCGUGCGGGAAAACCUAAAGAAACCACAUUUUUGUGAUGUUACCAGUAAAGCUGUUACUGCUCCGUACACUACCGUCCGCAGCCGUUGGUCAGUAUUUCAUGCUGGCCCGUUCGCUAACAUGCGGAGUGACACGAUUGAGCAAGAAAGCGGAACAGCUGGAAAACGAAGAGCCGGUAGCGGAAGAGCUGCCGGUAACAUUCGUCGACGAUGAUGCAGAAUCGGCGGAGGCACGUGAAGCACGGAUAGCGACAUUGAGGAACAAAUCACGGCUUCUACCACAGCACCGCAACAUGCUGCACGGUGUGCUUCCGUACGAACAGUCACAAUCCUGGAUUCACGAAACCGUCAAGUACAAACGCAUGAUGCUCGGCCGGUACGGCAUCGAUGGUAGCAGGGUGGAUCCACGUGUUUGCUUCCCAACUAAAAAGGAAGCGUACGAAAAGGCGGAGUACGAACGUGUUGCAUUUCCCUUCACACUGAAGCAAAUGAUGGAUGCGAAUGAAACGGCGCGCAAGGCACGCAAGGCCGAGAUAGAAGCACGCGAAGAGGAGGUGGCACGAAAGCUAGAAAAGCUUGACCAGUGGACGACGGAUUUGAAUGCACGCAUCGCCAAGAAGGAAGCGGAAGCACGCGCCGCAAAGGAACGCAAGGAUCGUCUAGUCGAGGAAGUGCGAAGACACUUUGGAUUCAAGGUAGAUCCGCGGGACGAGCGCUUCCAGGAAAUGUUAGCGCUAAAGGAGCGCGAAGAUCGUAAGAAGGUGAAGGAAGCGAAGCGAAAGGAGAAGGAAGAGAAAAUGAUGGAAAAGUUGCAGAAAAAGACGGCACAGCUUGAGGCGGACGUUGAGGUGUCGAGUGAGCAGACGAAAUAAUAAACUGAACAAUCACGCGCAUCUAUAGUGGGAAACGCAG